AUGGAGACACAGACGCACCCAGAGACACAGACGCACCCAGAGACACAGACGCACCCAGAGACACAGACGCACCCAGAGACACAGACGCACCCAGAGACACAGACGCACCCAGAGACACAGACGCACCCAGAGACACAGACGCACCCAGAGACACAGACGCACCCAGAGACACAGACGCACCCAGAGACACAGACGCACCCAGAGACACAGACGCACCCAGAGACACAGACGCACCCAGAGACACAGACGCACCCAGAGACACAGACGCACCCAGAGACACAGACGCACCCAGAGACACAGACGCACCCAGAGACACAGACGCACCCAGAGACACAGACGCACCCAGAGACACAGACGCACCCAGAGACACAGACGCACCCAGAGACACAGACGCACCCAGAGACACAGACGCACCCAGAGACACAGACGCACCCAGAGACACAGACGCACCCAGAGACACAGACGCACCCAGAGACACAGACGCACCCAGAGACACAGACGCACCCAGAGACACAGACGCACCCAGAGACACAGACGCACCCAGAGACACAGACGCACCCAGAGACACAGACGCACCCAGAGACACAGACGCACCCAGAGACACAGACGCACCCAGAGACACAGACGCACCCAGAGACACAGACGCACCCAGAGACACAGACGCACCCAGAGACACAGACGCACCCAGAGACACAGACGCACCCAGAGACACAGACGCACCCAGAGACACAGACGCACCCAGAGACACAGACGCACCCAGAGACACAGACGCACCCAGAGACACAGACGCACCCAGAGACACAGACGCACCCAGAGACACAGACGCACCCAGAGACACAGACGCACCCAGAGACACAGACGCACCCAGAGACACAGACGCACCCAGAGACACAGACGCACCCAGAGACAGAGACGCACCCAGAGACAGAGACGCACCCAGAGACAGAGACGCACCCAGAGACAGAGACGCACCCAGAGACGCACCCAGAGACGCACCCAGAGACGCACCCAGAGACGCACCCAGAGACGCACCCAGAGACGCACCCAGAGACGCACCCAGAGACGCACCCAGAGACGCACACAGAGACGCACACAGAGACGCACACAGAGACGCACACAGAGACGCACACAGAGACGCACACAGAGACGCACACAGAGACGCACACAGAGACGCACACAGAGACGCACACAGAGACGCACACAGAGACGCACACAGAGACGCACACAGAGACGCACACAGAGACGCACACAGAGACGCACACAGAGACGCACACAGAGACGCACACAGAGACGCACACAGAGACGCACACAGAGACGCACACAGAGACGCACACAGAGACGCACACAGAGACGCACACAGAGACGCACACAGAGACGCACACAGAGACGCACACAGAGACGCACACAGAGACGCACACAGAGACGCACACAGAGACGCACACAGAGACGCACACAGAGACGCACACAGAGACGCACACAGAGACGCACACAGAGACGCACACAGAGACGCACACAGAGACGCACACAGAGACGCACACAGAGACGCACACAGAGACGCACACAGAGACGCACACAGAGACGCACACAGAGACGCACACAGAGACGCACACAGAGACGCACACAGAGACGCACACAGAGACGCACACAGAGACGCACACAGAGACGCACACAGAGACGCACACAGAGACGCACACAGAGACGCACACAGAGACGCACACAGAGACGCACACAGAGACGCACACAGAGACGCACACAGAGACGCACACAGAGACGCACACAGAGACGCACACAGAGACGCACACAGAGACGCACACAGAGACGCGCACACAGAGACGCGUAGAUCAAAAAAAUAUAAAACCAGUUACCUAUUGCAAGCGUAACAAUUCGUUUGAUCUCAGAAAUGAUUAUCCCGGCUAA